CUCCCAUACAAAGCUAACACUCUAAGAAUUAAAACUACCUAUAGAAAGCCAAAAACACCUCCCUCCUGAGCCAAACACCAUUGUUACUCCUCAGUUUUUCUUCUUCAAAACUUGGGAGAAGAAAGAUAGAGAGACCGACAAAAGAAGAAAUUAAACCUCGAUCUCCUCUUCUUAACCCUCUCCCUCUUCUCUUCUUCUUCUUCGAACCCUAUUUGAUAUAGAUCCAAUAUAUAGAAACCCUACAAAGAGAUUUUAUAUGUCUAGGAGAGAAAGCAAGCUCAUAAAAAAAAGCCCAAAUUGGGGAGACAACCAAAGAGGAAAAGUCUCUUAACAUCAAAACCUUCCAUUCCUUGCAUAUAAUUCUGAAGUUCAGCUACAAGUCAAGGAAAGCACCUCUCUCUCUCUCUCUCUCUCUCUCUCUCUCUCUCUCUCCCCCCUCAACACAAAGAUGAGUCAAAAAGAAACACAUGACUUCAUGAAUGUAAGCUCCUUCUCACAACUCCCUUUCAUCCGUCCCACCCAAACCAAAGACAAACCAUCGUCCUCCACUUCGGCCACCGCUGCUGCCAUCCGACUCUUCGGCAUCGACGUACCCCAUGAGCCCACCACUAUCGCCACCACCACUACCUCUCAUGACACUAGCCGAAAGUUCGAAUGCCACUAUUGCGGUCGAAGCUUCCCCACUUCGCAAGCUCUCGGAGGCCAUCAAAACGCUCACAAACGUGAGCGCCAACACGCCAAACGCGCUCAACUACAAUCCGCCAUGGCAGCUGCUCACCACCGUUCUUCCCCCAUUGACCGCCACCAUAUCUACCAUCACCUAGGCCCAUUUUCAACAUCUCGGUUCUCCCUCCUCUCCACUAGCUACCACUCCAACCAUUCCUCCUGGUCGACGCAACCUCCGCCGCCACCUAUUCACGGUAGUCCUCUACCCCCACUAUGGAGAGCUCGAACUCCAGUGCAGGCUGGAAUUAGGCCUAUACUUCCAUUUUUUGGAGGAGAUGGGUUAAGGAGAGUUGGAGAUGGAGACUCUUCUUCUUCCACCAUUUCUUCUAUAUCUCCACAAAAUCGCUUGGUUUGUGAGCCUAUAGAAGGAGGCAAGGAAAAUACACAUGAUCGUGCAAAAAGGGCUAAAGUAAGCUUUAAUUUAUACAUGUAGCACAAGAGCUUGCCCUCUUUUCUGUUGAUUGGAGAACUGCAUUUACUGUAUUUUUUUCUGAAUGGUAUGGCAUCUCAAUCAUUACAUUUGGUAAAGUGACAAGAUAUUAGAGAUGAUUGUUAAAUAGACAAAUGAUUGACUAUAUUCUCACAUAAUUAUCAAAUUUAUCUC